CAUCACAGAUUGGUGCUCUGUGGCCUUCGUGGCCACUUCCAGUCAACAUGGUGGACACAGAGAGCCCCAUCUGUCCCCUCUCCCCACUUGAGGCAGAUGACCUGGAGAGUCCCUUAUCGGAAGAAUUCUUACAAGAAAUGGGAAACAUUCAGGAGAUUUCUCAGUCCCUUGAGGAGGAGAGUUCUGGAAGCUUUAGUUUCACGGACUACCAGUACUUAGGAAGCUGUCCAGGCUCCGAGGGCUCUGUCAUCACAGACACCCUCUCUCCAGCGUCCAGCCCCUCAUCAGUCAGCUGUCCUGUGAUUCCCGUCAGCACGGAUGAGUCCCCCGGCAGUGCACUGAACAUUGAGUGUCGAAUAUGUGGGGACAAGGCCUCAGGCUACCACUACGGAGUACAUGCAUGUGAAGGUUGCAAGGGCUUCUUUCGGCGAACUAUUCGGCUAAAGCUGGUAUAUGACAAAUGUGAUCGGAGCUGUAAGAUUCAAAAAAAGAACAGGAAUAAGUGCCAAUACUGCCGCUUCCACAAGUGCCUGUCUGUUGGGAUGUCACACAAUGCAAUUCGUUUUGGACGCAUGCCAAGAUCUGAGAAAGCAAAAUUGAAAGCAGAAAUUCUUACAUGUGAACAUGAUCUGGAAGAUUCGGAGACUGCAGACCUCAAAUCUCUGGCCAAGAGAAUCCACGAGGCCUACCUGAAGAACUUCAACAUGAACAAGGUCAAGGCCCGGGUCAUCCUCGCAGGAAAGACCAGCAAUAACCCUCCUUUUGUUAUACAUGACAUGGAGACCUUGUGUAUGGCUGAGAAGACGCUUGUGGCCAAGAUGGUGGCCAACGGCAUCCAAAACAAGGAGGCAGAAGUCCGAAUCUUCCACUGCUGCCAGUGCAUGUCCGUGGAAACUGUCACCGAGCUCACAGAAUUUGCCAAGGCCAUCCCAGGCUUCGCAAACUUGGACUUGAAUGACCAAGUCACCUUGCUAAAGUACGGUGUGUAUGAAGCCAUAUUCACAAUGCUGUCCUCUUUGAUGAACAAAGACGGGAUGCUGAUAGCGUAUGGCAAUGGCUUCAUCACAAGAGAGUUCCUGAAGAACCUGAGGAAGCCAUUCUGUGACAUCCUGGAACCGAAGUUUGAUUUUGCUAUGAAGUUCAAUGCCCUAGAACUGGAUGACAGUGACAUUUCCCUUUUUGUGGCUGCUAUAAUUUGCUGUGGAGAUCGGCCUGGCCUUCUAAACAUAGGAUACAUUGAGAAGAUGCAGGAGGGUAUCGUGCACGUGCUCAAACUCCACCUGCAGAGCAACCACCCGGAUGAUACCUUUCUCUUCCCGAAACUUCUUCAAAAAAUGGUGGACCUUCGGCAGCUGGUCACGGAGCAUGCGCAGCUCGUGCAAGUCAUCAAGAAGACUGAGACUGACGCAGCGCUGCACCCGCUACUGCAGGAGAUCUACAGGGACAUGUACUGAUUUUUCCUGAGAUGGCGGCAAUUGCCACUGUCCAGGGACCUCUGAGGUCUGCAGCCCCACACAGAAGAGCAGGGAUUUGCACAGACGGCCACCCUACCCUUGGAGGUGAAGAGGGCUGAGCCUAGGUAAUGCAGGCUCUUCCCACUUCUUACCUUUCUGGAUGGGCACUUCUAAGAACACCUGCUACUCAAAUCCUGGUGAUCGGUAGCUAAUAGGAUUCAGACAAUCACAGAGAGUGGCAAUCCCCAGUCUGAUCUUAACUGGUCCAAUGUUAAUCAAUGCUCAUUUCUUUAUAUCACUUUUAUAAUUUGCCCUUAAUUAACGUGUAACCUCAAAGUCCAAGUUUCUCUUCUCUGCUUACCGUCCUUCUGGCUGUGUGCACCCUUGUAAAUCCCAAAAACUAAUCUGCACUUUUUUAACCUUUAAAACCUACAAGUCACCAUGUGGCCCAAGGUGAGACAUUUAAACAUGGCAAAAAAUGUUUAUUGGGAAGACUUCAUUUCUGUUUCCUGGCUCUAAGAAAGAGACCUGGCUUCUGAGAACAUUCAAGAAUGGUUAGAAGGCAGCCCCAUCAUUUUCUUUGUUGAUUCACUGCUUUGGAGGGUAUAACUAAUACAUGGGGAAAAAAUUUCCAGGUUUGCAUAGAAAAUUCCAGAAAGCUACAAUCUCAAGAAGCCUCAGGAGGCUUGAGCUAAUGUUUGAUACACAGACAGGAUGAGCCCUGAGCAGCUAGUUCUGCAAUCCUCUUCAUGUUAAGCCCUCAGUAGGUGGGCAUGACAGCAAUUCCAGAGAUGGAGUCACAGAAGACUUAAAAAUGCUCCUCCAGCCCCCCUCCCCCCUGGCAGCUCCUUUAAUACGACACUUUGUCUUUAAAAAAAAAUGGUGGGGAGAUGCUCCCUGGAGUGGAGAAGGCAAAAGUGACUUUACUACCCAGGCUGGGAUGAUCUGGUCACCCUGGAGAGCAAGAGGCAAGGGUGUGAUGUCCUUCCCCUUCUGUUUGUAUCCAAUUGAAGAUCUCACAAGGCUCGGUUGGUUUGUUGUUGUUUUCAAAGAAUUAGAUGGUAAAGUCCCUUUUCCUAAGUCCCAUUGGGAAAGCAGUGCUGACUACCUUCAAGAGAAACACUUUGCACAGAGAAUUCUCAGACCUCACAGACCUGCAAGUACCUGCCCUUCAAGAGGGUAGCUAGCUGCAUGUUUCAGAUCAGCUUGUAUCUUUUAUGGCCCUGCCCUAUUGUUAGAAAAAAAAUGGCUUUUCUGAAGUCAUCAUUAUUUGUUAUUAAAGAAUGAUCAAGAUGGAUACUUCCAAGGAGUUGAGGAUAUAGUUCACAGUUGGUAGAGGUCCACUUUAUGUUGGGCAUGUUGGUAUGUACCUGUAACCUCAGCAGAUGUUUAAGGUGGCCUUCAGAUACAUAACUAGGUCUGACGCUAGUCUGUGCUGUGACACAAAAACAAAACACUGAUGCUGAUAAAAAACGUUCAUGAUCAGCACUAUGAAAAUAGUAGAAAGAAUAAUAUGGCCAUGACAUUUCAAGUAGGAAAAAUGGAAAAUUGGGAUCAAGACAUGCUUUAAGAUUUGCACACUUAUGGCUGGGUGGUGGUCAUGCACACCGUUAAUCCCAGCACUCAGGAGGCAGAGGCAGGUGGACCUCUGUGGGUUUAGGUCCAGCCUGGUUUAUAGAGUGAGGUCUAGAACAGCUAAGGCUGCACAAAGAAACCCUGUCUCAAAAAUCAAAAACAAACCACUAUGAUUUGCACACUUACUGGCUUCUUCCCUUCCUCCUCCUCCUGUAACGAGUCUUUUUCUGUCCCACUAGCCAGCUCCCAAAUAAUGACACAGAGACUUAUUAAUUAGGCUUGCUCCUGACUCGCUCUUAUAACUUAAAUUAACCCAUUUAUAUUAAUCUAUGUUCAUUACCUCUCUUCCAUCUUGCACCUUCCGUUUCCUCUCCAUGUCUCCUCGCAUCUCUCUCCUGCUUGCUUAGAUUCCUCCCCCUCUUCCUUUCUUUCCCGGGAAAUCCCACCUAUACCUCUGCCUAGCUAUUGGCCAUUCAGCUUUUUAUUACACCAAUCACAGCAAUACAUCUUCACACAGUAUACAAAUAUCCCAUAUCCCCUUCCUCCCUGUCUGCUUGCCUCUCUUCCUUCCUCAUUCCCACUUUCCCUCUUUUCCUUCCUUCCUUCCUUACUGCCAAAGGCUCUGUUGGACAGCAGUUGUCACAGGAAGUCUUCCCAGGCUCUUAAGAAUCAGAGACAGAGCAAAUCAUUUCCAUAUAUGAUCCUAGUAAGGGUUGAGCUCAUUCAGGAGAAGCCAGCCUUUGCAGCACAUGGCAUAUCCAGUCCUCGGUCCUUCCUGUAGAGCUAGGGCUGGUCCUAGGUUUAGAGGGUUAAAGGUUAGAUUCCAGUUCCAAGUCUCUUUAGUGCACCAGUCCCCUACCAGGUGGGCUCCUGUUCUGAUGGGCCUUAGACAAAUGCCACUUAGUGUAGGUAACCUUGGAAAGUAAGUUUUGAGUCAUGGGUGUUUACAGUAGUCAUGCAUUCUAUUUGAACUUUCAUAAAACUUAUGAAAAGUAGCCCCUUGCUGUAUGCCUUCAGCAUGGACCACAGAGGUAAUUGACAAAUUCUGUGUCGGUUUGCAUCUGAGCUGAUGCUCACCAGUGUUCAUGAAGGUUUGGUUCUUUUAGAUGCCAAGUGUGACUUCCUCUAUGACUCUGUCGGCAGGGGCCAGCCUACCAGCCCCUCCCUCCACACCACCUCUUUCCGAUAGUCUUAUAGGUCCUUCCCCAGUAGAGAGUCCUUAAAGCAGACCUUCAGAAGAACAUGGUCCUUGGGCUCCUCUACACUCAGCUUGCAUCUGUCUGAUUCCAAACAUACCUCACCUUGAGCCUUUAUCCAGCAUACCACACAGGGCAUGGUAGAAAGCAAUUUUUGUCCUGCCUCAUUGGCCAUGUGUUUUGAAAAUGUCUUGCUAAACUUCCGUUUAAUGUUUUUCUGGUGCCCCCUGAGAUUGACUAGCCUUUGGCCUGGGGCCUCCUACAGCCAGAAAGCCUACCAACUUCACAGAAUCUCUCUCUAACCUGUGUGGUCUUUCAAGAUGAAGAUUCCACUAGGAAGAUACAGCAGCUGCCUCCAACUGCUCACCCAGCCUGCAGAGCAGGAACCAGUGCUUCCCCACAGCCUCUGGAGGGGGGAGAACAGGAAUCCAAACCCAUCUUCAAGCAGACACCACCAGCCUCACUGCUGGAGGGCCAGGCUGGUUUCCUGGUGGUCCCCAGGCACCGUUCUGUCCCUCGUCCACAUCUGUAUGUCAGACACCUGUGAACAGAGUAGUAUAAGAAUACUAGACCAACCACCUGACUCAGAACAGAGAUGGCCUUUGUCUUUCUCUAAAAAACAAAGCACACAAUAAGAUAUGCAUCAAGACAGGUUUGGGUUUAAAUAAGUGGAUCAUGCUCCCCACUGAGCCUCCUCUGAGGAAUGUGUCGGUGUCUCUGGUUUUGCCUCAAUGCAGUGGGCUUCAGACUCAUCAGGAAAAGAUGUGUGCCCCCCCUUUUCAAGACAGAGUGUGAGAGGCUGCUGUCCCCAGCCAACAGCUGUCACACCCACCUCUCAGAAUCUCAAUCUGAGACAUGAGAAAUAGAGCCUGUUUGUUUGCUCCCCCAAGACAGUUUAAUCAGGGAGAGCAGUUGCAUAGUGAGCUCUGUGCCAGUCAGAACGGAGUGUGUCAUGUCUUGACCAAGCAGUUGACAGCACCUUAGUGGCAAAAGGAAAUGAGAAAUAUCAAGUUUUAUGUAAUAGACAGCAACUAGGCUUAGUUUCAUUUUCUUUUUAUUUAAAAAUUUGCCAGUUGGGGUCAAAUAUGAAAACCCUGAAGUUGUCUGCAGAGAGGGGAAAUAAGGGGAAAUAAUGGUCUCCUCUUCGCAUCUCUUUCCCCCUUGCCCAUCUUCAAAUUCAUUUAUUUGGUGAAACAUGCCUCAUCCCUGGGGCACAGGUCACCCUGACAGGCGUGAGGCCAGAGAAGAGGCAGGUGUUAUCUCUGGGCUCCCUGGCCUGCAGGGGACACUUGGACAUCUUUCCCAGGCCCCUGGGACUCACUGUGUGUCAAGUCACAUCAAACCUGGAUUCAGGACCUGAAGACCAGCAAUGGCUGACUUUUUCCUGGUGAAGUUGUCACUGUGGGAAAAUUCACUUAGAAAAAAGGCACAGCCAACUCUUUUGUCAGGCCUGAAACUAAGUGUACCUCACAUCAAAUGAAUGCCACUUGGCACCUUUCUAGGAAGAUGUCAGUAUUACCCAUGUUAAGUGUCACUAUGUUUUCUGCACUGAAUGAAAAAGAAUUAUCUUUAUAGCUAUAUCUUAAAUACUGUGAUUUCUAUUUUUGUUUUUUAAACACUCUGAUACAAGUAGUUGACAAGCUUGUGAUGUGUGUCUAAUCGCCAACACCUGGAAUCUUCUAAGUUGAGGUUCAGUGUGGUUUAUGUUUAAAGCCUGGCUCUUGAACCUGCUGGACACAGGAAGCCCAAGGAAAAACAGUGGCACCUCUGCCCGUGAGUGCACACCCCACACUUGAGCUGUGCACCAUCCGCUAUAGUCGUUCUUUUUUUUUUUUCUCCUUCGCAACAAGUGCAAGCCAAUCUGUUUGUAUCCAUGUCUGUCAGCCAGGCCUUUCUGAACCCUGGCUGGAAGUCAUCAACCAUACACCACUGUUUCUAUCAAGGCCACUGAGUAGGCUUGUCAGGUUAACAGCUGUCCACUAUUCAGGGAAUUAUUACCUAUAAAUUACCAAAGAACUGUGGCAAUCUGAGCUGUUUCACUGCAUCUCCAUGUCAUUUCCAGUGUCCUGGCCACAUUUCUUUUUGGUGUGUCUUCGUAACACCCUCUAAGAUCUACAGUGUCAUAACACUAGAGCCCACGGGGAGGGGUCUGACAGACACAUGAGGACAUGCUCAUUUCCAAAGCAAGGUCUGAGCCCAGCUUUCUGCCACCUGCUCACUACUGUCCUUGGUGCCAUUCUCUCAGACCUAGGGGCUUUCAGCCCUUCACCUCUGUGAUAAGAACAGUCCUGAAUAGGGAUUGUUGAGCUGGUGCCAGCAUCCUCUCCAACCUUCCAGCUCUUUGUGGAUACAGGGCUAGCCAGGACAUCAGGAAUCCAGGGUGAACACAGAAGGGUAAAUAGAAUUUCCUAGUCACAUGAACUGAUUGGUUCCAGGCAAUUAGAAAAUGGCUAUAACUUAACCUUAAUUAAAAAAAAUAUUGAGUCUUCUUCGUUUUCUCCAUAGGAGAUUAAACUGACUGUACACAUUGAUUUAUAUCCUGAAUUUAUGGGAACCUGUAUGUUUGGAAUGUCCUACUGUAAGACUGAUGAAUGUAAAGAGUUAAUUUCAGGGUACAGUUUUGCCUUAAUAUGGUUUAAAAGAAUAAACUAUUUUUAAAAAUUA